AUGAGUUCCGGCGAUGAGUUCCAACAAUUGGUGGAUAGGGAGUUCGAUGAACUCGUUCAAGAGGUGCAACGGGAAGCAGAAGAGGAGGAGGCGGCGGCGGCGGCGGCGUUCGUUCGCCCGUUCUAUCAUCGGCGGACCAUCCGGCGUGACCAUGUCGGGGCACACCAGCGGUUGGUAGAAGACUACUUUGGCGAUAACCUCCGUUACCCAGCAGAGAUUUUCCGUCGCCGCUUCAGAAUGUCGCAACGGCUAUUCAUCCAUAUAGCGAAUACAUUGGCGCAGCAGCUUGCCUAUGGCUUGGACCCGGCUGAUAUGUUCGACGAAUACCUACAGUUGGGUGAAACAACUGCUCUGACGGCGCUGAGGCAGUUUUGUAAUUGUAUCCAGGCCAUCUUCGGUCCGGAGUAUGUACGGAAGCCAAAUGCCGAUGAGUGCCAGAGAUUGAUAGAUAUGCACGGGCGAGUGCAUAAUUUUCCGGGGAUGAUGGGCAGCAUCGAUUGCAUGCACUGGGAGUGGAGGAACUGCCCGGUUGCUUGGAAGGGGCAGUUCACAUCUGGAUUCAAAGGAAGACACCCAACAAUGAUACUGGAAGCUGUUGCUGACUACCGACUGCGAAUCUGGCAUGCCUAUUUUGGUGUCGCAGGGUCGAACAACGACAUCAACGUACUAGAUUCGUCCCAUCUCUUCAAUGAUGAGUGUCGGGGUGAGGGUCCGACGGUCAGAUUCAUGGCCAACGGGACGCAGUACAACAGGGCAUACUACUUAGCCGAUGGGAUAUACCUUCGUUGGCCCGUGUUUGUCAAGACGAUCCGGCAGCCGGUUGGGCCGAAACAAUCCUAUUUUGCGGCCAAACAAGAGAGUGCUAGGAAGGACGUUGAGCGUGCUUUUGGUGUCCUCCAAUCGCGAUGGGCCAUUCUUCGGUGCCCGGUUCGACAAUGGCACGAAAAUGAUGUCGCCUCCAUCAUGUAUGAGAACUGGGCACCGGAAGAGGGUGCAAGUACGAGUCACGGUGUUGCAACUUCCCCACUGCAGAUGGGUGUACCGCGUAGUGAUGCAUACUUGAUCCAACGGUUCGCCGAUAUGCGGAGGGAAACAUCACAUACGACACUGCAGGCUGAUAUGGUAGAAGAGGUUUGGAAUCGUAGGGAAGGAGGGCGUAGAGCGUGA